CGAUUGACAUUUGACGGCUCAGUGCUCAGUGCUCACUUGUAAAAUGUAAACUGUAUUUUGUAAUGGUUAAGUCAAAAGAUUUACCCGUAAGUUUUUACAACUACUAAAACAAUAUUAAUUUAAAAUGUUAUCAAACAAGCAAUUAGUUAUAGGAUGUUCUAUAGCUUUCCUCAGUAAUAUUGCAUUAUUAGCGUUAUUCGUUCAAUAUAAUAUAGGAGAGAAAUUUUACAUUACCAUUAACGAUCAAGAUGUAACAGUGAUUUUGCCCGAAAAUUACCUGAGCAUAGGAAUAGACGCCUCCGAAAUUCAAGAUUUCAAUAAAAUUGAUUUCUCCAAUGAAAGACUUCUAAGUCUUGCUGCAUCUCUUUCACCAGCAAGGCUUCGCCUCGGAGGUACAAUGUCAGACCGCUUAAUCUUUAGUCCUAAUGACUUACCGUCAGUUUCUUGUGAUCAUUGCCCACAAACUGCUGUAAAGUCAUUUUGUUCUAGCCUUAAAAAAAUGUGCAGGCACAAAUUCUUACCAUUUUUUAUAAUGACUGGACCAAAAUGGACUGAAAUAAACAAUUUCUGUGUACGUAGUAAUCUAAAAUUGAUGUUUCCUUUGAAUGUUCUUCUUCGGGAUGAACAUGAGUGGAGUCAACAAAAUGCCAUAGAAAUUAUAAAAUUUUCGAAAUCAAACAACUAUGACAUAGACUGGCAGCUUGGCAAUGAACCAAACUCAUAUCGUCAUGUUUUUAAUAAAACUAUAACUCCACAUGCCUUAGCCCAAGACUAUAAAAGGCUUCGAAAACUUCUAAACCAGUCAGGGUAUAAACACUCUUUGCUUGUUGGCCCAGAUACAACAAGGCCCCAAGAUAAUCAUCCAAACUGUCUUAAAUAUAUGGUGGACUUCUUAGGAAAUGCAUCGCAUUAUAUAAAUAUUCGAUCAUGGCAUCAGUAUUACCUUAAUAGUAGAACAGCAAAGCUAGAAGACUUUUGGACUCCUGAUACUUUGGAAUUGUUAGAUAUUCAGAUACAGACUAUGAAAAACAACACACAACCAUAUGGUAAUAUUCCAAUGUGGCUUACAGAAACUAGCAGUUCCUAUGGUGGUGGAGCACCAGGACUAUCAAAUUCCUUUGCUGGUACUCCAUUGUGGUUAGAUAAACUUGGGCUUGCAGCUAAAAAUAACAUUACAACAGUAGUGAGACAAAGUUUCUUAGGUGGUAAUUAUAGCCUUAUUGAUAAAGAUCUGAGACCCUUGCCAGAUUGGUGGGUGAGUGUUUUAUAUAAGAAGCUUGUGGGUAAUAAAGUCUUAAACCUAACAAGCAACAAUUCUAAAUUUCAAAGACUGUAUGUACACUGUGCAAAUAGAAACUAUACAAAUGACACAACAGCCAUAACAUUAUAUGGUAUCAAUUUACAAAUGGAGAAAAUUAGAUUCCUAGUCAAUGGAACUGCUUUUACUGAAGAUGAUUUAGUUAUUGAUGAAUAUAUUAUAAGUGCUCCAUCAAAUAAUAGAAGAAGUAAAACAAUUCUCCUUAAUGGCUGGCCACUGUAUUAUGAGUCAUCAAUGCCAGAAUUUAAACCAAAUGAGCACAUCCACACAAAACAUAUUUCAAUGCCUCCAUAUUCAGUCGGCUUUUGGGUAAUAAAAAACACUACCAUCAAAACUUGCAUAUAAGCAGUUUUUGGUGUCAAACCAAUUUCAAUAAAAUCAAAGGAUUUUUUUACAAAAAAAUGUGAUUUUUCAGUUUUUCAAUUUCCCACACAAAUAUCUAAUAGCUUUAAUUUAUAUAAAUGAGUCUAUAAUUUGUAGAAACUAUGUUUAAGAUAGAAUCUGUCACUUAAUGCAAUUUCCUGUGAUUUUACUUGAGAUCUUUUAGUAUUUUGGGUUGUGUAUAUCUCAUUUUUGUAUGAAACAAUUUACUGUCUGGUGUAUGCCGCUCUGAAAAGCAGACAG